GCAGAGCUGUGAGAGCCCCCCCCCUCUCCUCCUCCAGCGGCACUGUGCUGUAAAUGGCCUGCUGCAGCUACAGCUACAAGUCGUGGAGGCAAGAAUGACACCGGCGCUCCCCUACAUCAAGACAACUUGAGCGUAAGAACGGAUUUGUUUCAUUAAUUCCUUUAAAAUAAUAAUAAGAUAUAUACCAAAACACGAUGGCGCUUAUCCCUGCAUCUUUACGGACACGGUUAGUGGUGGGUGUUUUUUCGUUCUUUGCAAUGUGGGGAUUUGCGCUUUCCAUCACUCGGUACUCUAUUCCGGAGGAAAUGGAAGAGGGUUCCUUUGUUGCUAAUCUGGCCACAGAUUUGGGUCUGGAUAUUCGCAGUUUGGAGGAGCGCAAAGCAAAACUCGAUGUCAUUCACAGUAAAAAUUACCUCGACAUCAACAAAGAUACGGGGGAGCUGGUUAUCCGCGAGAAGAUAGACCGGGAAAGCAUAUGCAUGACUAAAACAACCUCGUGUUUUCUGAAAAUGGAUGUCAUACUUUCAAGCCCGGUUCGCAUUUUUAACAUCGAGCUGGAAAUUAUGGACAUAAAUGACAACGCGCCGGUGUUUCGCAGAAAGACAAUGCACUUAGACAUUUCGGAGGCAACCCUUCCCGGUGAGAGAUUCUCACUGACAAACGCCGUGGAUGCGGAUGUGGGGGCGAAUUCAAUCAAGACCUACUAUCUCAGUGAAAGCAAAUACUUCAACAUCGACAUCCAGACCGGCAGCGAUGGCUCCAAAUAUGUCGAUUUAGUGCUUAGUGGUAAUUUGGACCGUGAGGAGCAUGCUGUUCACGAUUUAAUUCUAACCGCUGUGGAUGGAGGUGUGCCUCCUCGCUCCGGCACAGCCAGCAUCAUUAUUAACGUCCUGGAUAUCAACGACAACGCCCCCAUAUUCAGUCAGCCGGUAUAUGCAGUCAAUGUCUCGGAGAACUCGGCAGCAGGAACGGUGGUCAUGACCUUAAAUGCAACAGACUUAGACGAAGGCACAAACGCCCAGUUGGUAUACUCACACACGCUGUACACAUCGGAGAAGACACAAGAGCUAUUCUCACUUGAUCCAAAUUCAGGUGAGAUCAAGGUGAAGGGGGUGAUCGAUUAUGAAGAGAGUCAGAGUUUUGAGAUGCACAUACAGGCACAGGACAGAGGGACGAACCCUCUGUCAGGACACUGUAAAGUCACAGUGUUUGUGACAGAUCUCAAUGAUAAUUACCCUGAAGUGACUAUCAAGUCUCUGAAAAGUUCGCUGACUGAGGAUGUCUCUGUAGGGACGCUGAUUGCAGUGGUCAGUGUGAGCGACAGGGACUCUGGAGCCAACGGAGAAGUGGAGCUCUCUCUAAAUAGGCAAGAAACGUUACCGUUUCUCUUAAGCAAGUCCUCUGAGGGUUACUUUGAAAUGCUAGUGUCAAAACCACUGGACAGAGAGGUAAUAAGCAAAUAUGACAUCAUACUGAGAGUGACAGACAAAGGUGUGCCACCCUUAUCGGAAAACGAAACCAUCACUUUGGAGAUACUGGAUAUCAACGACAAUGCACCUACAUUCUCCCAGUCGUUCUACACAAUCCAUGUCAUGGAGAACAAUCCACCGGGGGCAUUAUUGACAUCUCUGAGCGCAUUUGACCCAGAUUUGAAUGAGAACCAGUACUUGGUUUAUUUCAUAAUGGAGAAAGAAAUCGUUAACACUUCUAUGUCGAUGUUGUUUUCCAUCAAUCCUGAGAAUGGUGAUCUUUAUGCCCUGAAGACCUUUGAUUAUGAGAGAGAAAGGGACUUUCUUUUCCACAUUGAGGCAAGAGACUCUGGUGUUCCCCCGCUGAGCACCAAUUGUACCGUGCAUAUUAUUAUUCUGGAUCAAAAUGACAACACCCCUCUCAUAGUGUCACCUUGGCGCGCACAGGGCUCUGUUGUAGAGGAGGUGAUACCGAGGUCGACUGAUAAGGGACAUUUGGUGGCCAAAGUGAUCGCCAUUGAUGCAGACUCUGAGCAGAACGCCAGAGUCACAUAUCAGCUACUUCAGAUCAGCGAUUCAACCCUCUUUAGCCUGGAUCAGUACAACGGUGAGAUCCGGACAACAAGGAUGUUUAGUUACAGAGAUCCAAGACAACAGAGGCUGGUAAUUGUUGCUAAAGACAAUGGUCAACCUUCUCUUUCUGCUACUGUCACCAUCAAGAUAUCAACAGUGGAACAUGCAAUGGCCUUUUCAGAGACUACAGAGCUUCCACUAGACUAUGACAUGUUCACUGACCUAAACCUCUAUUUAGUGAUCGGUUUAGGAGCCGUGUCCUUUCUGCUACUGAUAACCAUCUUAGUUAUUAUUGUGCUCAAGUGUCAAAAACCAAAGCCAAAGGCCAUCAAGAUCCCUCCAGCCAAUAGAAAUAGCGUGAUCAGCAGGAACAGCGUGAUCAGCCAGAGAAGCUCCACUAUCGCAGAUUCCACGCUGAUCUCCAGCGAUGCCUACUGGUACAGCUUGUUCCUCGCAGAGACCAGGAAGGGCAAAGUGGUCGUGAGACAGCCCAUAAUUCCCAAAGGAGCUGGGUAUUUUGUUUCCAGCAUACCCAGGAGCAUAGGGCCAAGUGAGACCACAGAUUCCAGAGCAUCAACACUGGAGUACUCAAAAUGAAAGGAAGUCCAUUCUACAACUGGAGCAGGGGCCCAGAAGAGAACUGCCAUGAUAUAAUCAUCUCUUCAUGGGAGUCUUUGGCUAAAAAAUCUUCCCUGUGACUCACAAAGAAGAUGUAAAAAAAAAAAAAAAAACAGAAACAAAAAAAAACAUCUGCUAGUCCCUCUGCUCCAGCUGUUCUUUCUCUCUGCUUCCUCCAUUGACCACUAACCACCUCAGCCUUCCAGCUUUGUUAAUCUUUUAAGCAUGAAUCUGCAUGAUUCUACAACUAAGUAUUCAGACAACAAUUUGAAAUAGUUUCUGGCAGGAUAUGUGGACAUUACUGAGCAGACCUCAUGUCAUAAAUCAUUCCCUUCAUGAUGUUCUGAAACUUUUAAAUAGACAAUUUUGCCUUUUUUCUCCAGAGUUUAAGCUGAGUGUUGUAGUUGUAGAAACCUUCAGUACUUUGCAAUAUUCUUAAGUUCAAGUCAGGCAGCAUUUCAUAUAAGCAAGAGUUCAAAAUAUGCCUAAACCUAAAUAUACAAGUGAAUCAGGGUGAAUAUGCUUCUUCCAUAAUACUGAUAUAACAUAACUGCAGCUGGUUAUGUCACUGAUUCAGCCUUUUUGUCUUGUUUCUUUUUCGGUUUUUAAUAAAACGUUUCUACUCUAUUAUGGGUCUUGCUGGUUAGUAAGAUUCAUAUGCUUUUAGUUGAGCUGUUUUCACACAUGUGCUCCAGAAAAUAUUGAGAGAAUUACUGAAGGACAUUGUCUACAAUUGCCCUUUUCACAUGUAGCACGCAAAAGGGGAAUAGUCGGUGUCAGAUGCUUUCUCAUUACCAGAUAGACGAGAGUGCUGCCUUGGCGGAGUGUGCAGAAAGCACACUUGCUGUGAAUUCACUGGGCAAUUACCUGCUCUAGUCUCAAAUGGGUGCAUUCAGAUGUUACAUGGUGUUUUUACUAAAGAGCUGUCAGGGUAAAGACUGUUAAAUGUCCAAAAUGACAUUUGCUUUCUCACGUAGAGCUCUGCUGGUUAAUGCUGAGGAAAGUUUAGGCCCACAGUGCAAGUGUGAAAACAGCUGUAGUAAGUUUCUAAGAAAAAGAGCAAAAAAAAAGAUUUUAUUCAAUUUAAAAUUUUUUAAACAGUAUUUGUUGUACUAGAGAAGUUAUGAAUGUGUCAAAGUGAUGAAAAAGAAUGAAAGAUAAGAAAACUAAAAAAAAACCCAAUCACAUUAUAGGUGAUACAUUGUUUCUCUUUUCAUUUGAUUGUAGAUAGAUUAGUCGUAUAGAGACGAUAACAAGAUUACAAAAGUUAACUAACAACAGAUUUACGUUUUUUAUCUGACGUGUAUGAGCUACACAAAAAUAUUGAACUACACAAAUAUUGAACAAUUUUCAUUUUCACACUGUAGUUUGAGCUUGUCUCAUUACGUUGUACUAAGCAAGGGGUCUGGAGGAGGGGUGCGCUUACACCUCUUUUUUUUUUUUUU